GAUCAUAUUUUCUGAUCAAUUGUAACGUCAUGCAGCUCUCAAAUCCACAUUACCAUUAUUAUUAUCACAAUUAUCUUUAUUGUUAUCAUGAUUAUUAUUAUUAAAGAGUAUCAGUGUGUCAAUUCAAGCAACACAACAGCAACACAAGCCGUACAUUUGUUUACAAUUAACUGAAACAACCUAAAGUACAACCGAAAUUAACGUUCAUUGAAACAAUUUAUAGUGAUUCGUCAUCAGAACAUCAGUAGCUGUCGGACAACAGCAGAGUAGACAUCUGUGCAGCUUUUAAAAUCAUGGACAUCAUCAAUAAUUUAUCAAUUACUUUAACAAAUUAAAUAAAAAAACAAAUAAUAUUCUAAUUUAAAAAUAAUAAUUAAUUUAAUUGAUUGACAAGUGUCUUAAGCUGGUGGUUUUUAAAAAUUAAUUACUAAAAUGAGUUCCCAGCCAAUAAUGGUACCUGGAGGUGAUAAAAGUCAUCAUCAUGAGCAACAAUCAUCCUCUGCUGGUCAUUCAAAUGAUUUAAAAACAAUGACACCGCCAACAAGUCGUUCCUUCAACAAUCGAAAUUGGAGUUAUGAAACUUUAACAAACAAUGUAGCACCUGGAGACGAACGAAGACCAAGGCAGGGUAGCGUUAAUGCUCAAUCAGCUCAGUUGUCAAAGCUGCCAUCAUCAGAAUCACUUACAGCUAACGUUAAUAUCACUGGUCCUCCGCUUUCCCCAGGUUUAUCAGCAAUGGGCGAGAGUACUCUAAAAAUCGAUAGUGUCACCGACAAGGCGGACGGUAAACUAACGAGAAAGGAAUCAUACAAAGCGCAGCGUAAAAAUUAUCGUAUUGAAAAAAAACGUGUCGCAAAUGAAUUAUUGAGCUCAUUAAAAGAUCCCACGGUCGUUGUCAUGAGCGACUGGCUCAAAGUGCGCGGCACUUUGAAAAGUUGGACUAAACUCUGGUGUAUAUUGAAACCAGGUUUAUUAUUACUCUACAAAAGUCCAAAGAUAAAGAGUAGUCACUGGGUCGGAACGGUAUUGCUGAAUACGUGUCAAGUAAUUGAACGACCAAGUAAAAAGGAUGGGUUUUGUUUUAAAUUAUUUCAUCCACUCGAACAAUCUAUCUGGGCACCCAGAGGCCCUGAGAAAGAAGCUAUGAGAGCCGUUGUACAGCCGCUGCCUACAUCUCAUUUAAUAUUUCGCGCACCAUCGCAGGCUGCUGGUAAAUGUUGGCUCGACGCUUUAGAAUUAUCUUUACGCUGCUCUUCGCUUAUCGUCAGAUCUACUAGUAUUUUACCGCGAUCGCCGCAACAUGAUGCCACGACUACACACGAGACGCAGUGGAGUGAAGCUGAUUAUGAAAAACACUUUGAUGAUCAUGAGUGUGAAGCCCAUCGUGUAGUAACGCUAGAUCCUGUUCGUACCUUACAUACAGACCUGGACGACAUCAGUCAGCCUGAUAACGGUGUCAAUGCUGAUGCGGAGAUCAGCGCCUCUGAUACUGAUUCCGACGGAUCUGUCAAGGAGGAAGAAGUCAAUAUUUGUGAGACUCCGUACGUUACUAAUGAAAAUGAAUUUCUGGGAACGGCUGGUGAAGUCGUUGCUGAGCUACCAGAUGAACAAAAGUCGCUUAUCUGGUUUCUUCUUAAGCAAGUGAGACCUGGUAUGGAUCUUUCUAAAGUUGUGCUGCCAACAUUUAUACUCGAGCCACGUUCAUUUUUGGAAAAACUCGCCGAUUCUUAUUAUCACGCCGAUUUACUUUCUCAAGCUGUAUUAGAAGAUGAUGCAUUUACACGUAUGAAAGGUGUAGUCAAAUGGUAUCUAUCUGGUUUUUAUAAGAAGCCCCAAGGUCUUAAGAAACCAUACAAUCCACUACUUGGUGAAACAUUUCGUUGUUAUUGGCAACAUCCUAAUGGCUCACGAACUUUUUAUCUUGCUGAACAAAUCUCACAUCAUCCACCAAUAUCUGGAUUUUACGUAACAAAUCGUCAGGACGGUUUUACAAUAAGUUCAACAAUUAGACCUAAAUCAAAAUUCUAUGGUAACUCAACGUCAGCUGUUUUGGAUGGUGCAGCUGUGCUUACGAUGCUUCCACGUGGCGAGGAUUACUCUAUGACUAUUCCCUAUGCUCAUUGCAAGGGAAUAGUUAUGGGUACCUUGUCCAUGGAACUCGGCGGCAAAAUAAAUAUUAUUUGUGAAAAAACUGGUUACCAUACGGAAAUUGAAUUUAAAUUGAAGCCAUUUUUGGGUGGUGCUGAACAAAUGAAUCAAGUUGUUGGUCGAAUAAAGCUUGGGAAAGAAACACUGGCAACUAUAUCUGGUUACUGGGACGGACAGAUAAAUAUCGUUGACAAAAGAACUGGACAAGAGAGUAUUUUAUUUAGUUCAACGCCAGAAAUAAGACAAGCGCGUUUAAAAAAAUACACAGUCCCAAUCGAAUCACAGAACGAGUGGGAGAGUCAAAAAUUGUGGCUGGCAGUUACAUUGGCUAUCAAUCGCGAAGAUCAGAUCGCUGCCACCGAAGCUAAAACGGCCUUGGAAGAAGCUCAGCGUGAACGUGCCAAAGAUCGUCAAUUAACUAAUCUUGAAUGGAUACCCAAAUAUUUUGUCCAGGAUAUAAUAACAGGCAAUUGGAUUUAUCGACAUGCAGACAUCAGACCAUGGGAUCCGCGUAAUGAUGUCGUUCAAUAUGAACAAGAUUAUAUUGUACGAACAAAAACACGUCACAAGACUCCAAUAAUGCGUACCGGAAGUAUUGUAUCAUCAGAUCCACAAUCACAGUAUCACGAAUUUUGGGCUAAACACGCGGAGUCACGCUCGUCGUUGUCUGUAUUGAAGUCAUCCAAGAGGCAGUUGUCUAAUAAUUUACCAUUAGUUGAAAAUGUUCAUGAUUCUGGAAGUUCUUCGGAAGCCAUUCAUUCAGAUUCGAGUCAAUCUGUUGGUAAAAGACGGCGUUAUACUGCUAGAAUGAUGCAUUCAAUAAAAGAAGUUGAAAGUCAAAUGAUAGAGCAAGGAGAGAAAUUAACUCGCAUCCAACGUUCUCUGGAACAGCUUGCGAUCCGACAGCGAACCCAACGGGAGCAAAAUUCAAAUUCAAAUAUAUUAAGAAGUUCCAUAGACACUAUUGUUGUUAUCGCCAUCGUAUUUUUCGUGCAGUACAUUAUUAAAUUUUUUAGCCACAGUAACAGUGAUACCAAAGAUACAUGAUCCCAGACGAAUCAACAGAAUUAAUAACUCCAAGAUUCCAUUACUAAUAAUAAAUUUUGGGCUUCUUAUAAAACAUAAAAAAAAAAACAAACAAAUAAAAUAACUAAAAGAUAUAUAAUUAUAUUAAAAUAAAUAAUAACGUGAUAUAGAUUAUUUAAUUGUAAUUAAAAUGACAAUGUACACUCUAAUCAGUCUUUAAAACUACGCACGACAUAUUUAUUAUUACAAUCAUGUUUCUUACUGUUUAUUUUUUUUUUUUUUUAUUUUAGUUUAUUUUUUUUAAAGAUAAAUUUAAUUGUACAUAUUAUUUAAUCUGUUAUUUUAUUUAAAGAUAAUCUCAAAUAUAUUUAUAUUAAAGGUGUGCAAGUGAUCGAAUCGAAUUUAAUUAUUCGAAUUAUCUAUCAAUUUUUAAAAAUUCAUUUCGCUGGUUUUUAUCAUACAGAAAUCGAUUGUACAUAAAUAUAACGUAGAAUACAUCGAUCAGAAAUAUUUUACACACAUGGAAAAAACAAACACCUAUCCCGGGUUAUAUAUAAACAGUAAAAAAUUUUGAGUCCGUGGUGUGGUUUGAAUAAAUUGGUGUUGAAUUUUUAAACAUUGCCGGGGUGAAAUUUACACGACGCACGGUGUUAAAUUUUUGAGUGUGUAAAUUAGAACGUUCAUACCACCAAUGGUGUAAAUGUAUAAGUUCUUUAUUUAAAACUGUCGAUUACUUCAACACUAAGUAUUUAAUUUUUAUUUAAAAAAUAUUUAAGGUAAGAGACCCAGUACCCGAUCACUCAUGUAUUUGUAUAUCUAUAUUUACUAAAUUUUACUAAAUAUAUAUAUAUACAAAUACAUGGAGUGAUCGGGUACUAGGUCUCUUACCUUACAUCAAUAAUAAUAAUUACACUACCGCUCAAAAGUAUUUGGCCUCUCAGAAACAGGUAUUUUGUAAAAGUUUGAAUAAAUGAAACGACUUCAUAGUAAUUUUAAUUAUUUAUUAGCAAAUUAUUAGACGUCAUAACAAUACGUAUUUUGCAGUGAGAUACAAACAAUGAAACCUAAUAAAAUUGUUUCAAUAAAAGUAUUGUUUGUAAUAUAAUGAACAACGCAGGUGGCCAGAUAGUUUUGAGCGGUAGUGUAUAUACUAGGGUUUCAGCCUACACGUUGAAAAAAAAAAGAAGUGCUAU